AUGGCAUUGUUGCGGAAAUUGUUGUAUAAGAAGCCACCCGAUGGACUUCUCGGGAUCUUUGAAAGAAUAUACGUCUUCGAUUGCUGUUUCAGCACUGAAGCUUGGGAACAAGAAGAUUAUAAAGUUUAUGUGGGCAACAUAAUAAGUCAGUUUAAGGAUAAUUUCCCUGAAUCAUCAAUCAUGAUUUUUAAUUUUCGGGAGGGAGAUUCAGCGAGCAGGAUUGCCUCUGUUUUGUCGGAAUAUGACAUUACUAUAAUGGACUAUCCUCGGCACUAUGAAGGUUGCUCAUUGCUCUCGUUGGAGGUUAUCCACCAUUUUCUAAAAUCGAGCGAAAGCUGGCUUUCACUUGGACAACAAAAUGUUCUUCUAAUGCAUUCUGAGGUUGGUGGUUGGCCGGUUUUAGCUUUCAUGAUGGCUGCUCUCUUGCUUUACAGAAAACAUUGCACUGGUGAAUUCAAGACCCUGGACAUGGUUCAUAAGCAGGCUCCUCGUGAUAUGUUACCCGUAAUGUCAACUCUUAAUCCUGUACCUUCUCAGUUGAGGUACUUGCAGUAUGUGUCAAGGAGGACUGCUGAGACAGAAUGGCCUCCAGCGGACAGGGCACUCACUUUGGAUUGUGUGAUAAUCAGAAUGAUUCCUGAUUUUGACGGAAAAGGGGGUUGCUGCCCUAUCUUCAGGAUUUAUGGACGGGAUCCUUUGUUACAUGUUGAUAAAACCCCCAAACUUCUGUUCUCAACCCCAAGGAGGAGUAAGAAUGUCCGAUAUUACAAUCAGGCAGAAAGUGAACUGGUUAAAAUUGAUAUUAAUUGUCAUAUUCAAGGUGACAUUGUGCUGGAGUGUAUUAGCUUACAUGAUGACACGGGGCCUGAAAAGAUAAUGUAUCGUGCCAUGUUCAACACAGCAUUUAUCAAAUCAAAUAUGUUGAUGCUUAAUCGUGAUGAAAUUGACUUACAUUGGGAUGCUAAGGAUCAAUUUCCUAAGGACUUCAGAGCUGAGCUUCUUUUCUCCGAAAUGGACGCUGCAGCUUCUGCGAUUCCAGUAGAUUUGUCUUGUUUUGAGGAGGAGGGGCUCCCAAUUGAAGCAUUUUCUAAAGUUCAAGAAAUGUUUAGCAGUGUGGAUUGGCUUGUUCCUAAAAGUGAUGCUGCUUUGAAUAGGCUCACCCAGAUGGCUUUGUCAGAUAUCGUCCAUGAAAUGAUUGAGACUAGUUUUCAUCAAAAGCCUGAGGCUAGCAAUUUACUUCAAACGCUUCCUAAAAAGAAUCAGCAUAAAGAAACCAAGUUAAAGAGAUCUGGCACAGAAGCUGGUUUGCACAAGGCAGAGGUCCAAACUGUUGGACCUAGAAGUGUUUCGCUUCCCAGACAAUUACCAUCGUCAGCACGGUCACCUGCUCAAUUACAAGCAUCCUUGCAUGGUUCUACAAAAUCUUUCUCCAUGCCACCUCAUAUCAUUUUGACCUGUUCACAUCCUUCUGUUUCUGAAAAGGUUGAGACACAUCAGCAAGAUAGUGCAACAUCUUCGUCGGCUCCUCCUAUCCCACCUUCUGGUCAGCAAGCUACAGGUGGUAAGGUUGGGCCUCCUCCACCCCCACCUCCUCCAGCGAAGAAGACAAGUACUGUACCUGGACCUCCUCCCCCUCCUCCUCCCGGUUCUGGGAGUGGACCUCCUGCCCCACCAGCACCACCCGCAGCACCAGCACCUCCAGCACCUCCGUCAGCACCACCUCCCCCACCUCCUAAAUCCUCGCGUGCCAAUUCUGCAUCACAUUCAGGACCUCCACCACCCCCUCCUCCAGCCGCAGCUGCUAAUGGAAAUGUGAAAGGAGAUGCUGCUCCACCUCCACCACCAUCUCUUUCAAAAGCACCCAGUGUGUCUGCUCCAUCUCCUCCACCUCCUGCAUCCAAGGGGCGUACACUAUCAAGGACAACUGCUGUGAAGAGUCAACCAGCAAAGAAGCUGAAGCCAUUGCAUUGGUUAAAGUUAAAUAGAGCGGCACAAGGAAGCUUGUGGGCUGAAGCCCAAAAAUCUGGUGAAGCUGCAAGGGCGCCGGAGAUUGAUAUGUCGGAACUUGAACAUCUCUUCUCAGCAGCAAACCCGAAUUCCGACAAGGCCAAAGCAAAAUCCCGAGCAGCGAAUAAACCCGAAAAAAUACAACUGAUUGAGCAUAGGCGGGCAUAUAACUGUGAGAUCAUGCUUUCAAAGGUGAAGACACCCUUGCCUGAACUGAUGGAUUAUGUCCUGGCUUUGGAUGAUUCAGCAAUGGAUGUUGAUCAGGUGGAUAACCUUAUAAAGUUCUGUCCUACCAAGGAGGAGAUGGAACUGAUUAAGGGCUAUAAAGGAGAGGUGGAUAAAUUGGGGAAAUGUGAACAGUUCUUCUUGGAGCUAAUGAGAGUCCCACGCUCAGAAGCUAAGCUCAGAGUUUUCUCUUAUAAGUUACAGUUUAGUACACAGGUUUCAGAUCUUAGGAAGAGCCUAAAUGAUGUAUAUUUGUCAGUAGAACAGAUCAGGAGUUCUGUGAAGCUGAGGAGGGUCAUGCAGACAAUUCUUUCUCUUGGCAAUGCUUUGAACCAGGGAACUGCAAGAGGCGCUGCUGUUGGAUUCAGAUUGGAUAGCCUCCUCAAGCUUAACGAAACACGUGCCAGGAACAACAAAAUGACUCUGAUGCAUUAUCUUUGUAAGGUGCUUGCGGACAAACUACCGGAACUCCUAGAUUUUUCCAAGGAACUUGGCAGUUUGGAACCUGCAUCAAAGAUACAACUAAAAAUCUUGGCAGAAGAGAUGCAAGCUAUUACCAAAGGACUGGAGAAGGUAGUCCAUGAAAAGAAAUUGUGUAAAAAAGAUGGACAUGUGUCUAAACGCUUCCGCAAGUCGCUGAAAAAAUUUCUUUCUUCCGCGGAAGGUGAAGUAAAGUCCCUGGCCUCACUGUACUCUGGGGUGGGUAAAAGUGUGGAUGCAUUGAUUCUUUACUUUGGAGAAGAUCCUGCUCGUUGCCCAUAUGAACAAGUUGUUUCAACUUUGCUUCUCUUUGUGAGAAUGUUUAAUCAAGCCCAUGAAGAAAACUGCAAGCAAAUAGAGGCGGAGAAGAAGAAGGCACAAAAGGAAGCUGAACAAGAAAAGAAGGAAGCUGAACAUGAAAGGUUGAGACUACAGAAGGAAGCUGAAAAAGAAAAAAGGGAAUUUUUGCUGCAACUGGCAGUGCUGAGCGUUAUCAGACCAAAGGUUAGUUUCUUAAGCAUAUGCCAUUUUUCAAAUUCAAAACUGAUACGGGUGUCUUACAUCUUAAAAUCAACAUUCACUGCUGCUCUACUGUAUGCUGGCCUUAAUCUUUCCUGCUUUUACUGUAUGUCAGCCUUAGUCUUUCCUGCUUUUACUGUCUUAGUUUUUUCUUGUUCUACUGUAUGCCGCCCUCAAUCUUCCAUGCUUUUACUCGAAGACAAAUGGGUGCCAGUAUUUUCUGCGGUUGGCAGCUUGUAA